AUGGAUUUGAGGAACUUUGGUAUUGGGUCUCCAAUCUUUUCAAUGAUAGAAGACAUGCUGGACUUCCCUGAAGAUCAGCAAGAAUCCAAGUCUAAAAACAACCCUUCGCGUGCCUACGUUCGUGAUGCAAAAGCCAUGGCUGCGACACCGGCAGAUGUUGUGGAGUAUCCAAACUCCUAUGUGUUCAUUGUUGACAUGCCAGGGAUCAAAGCUAGCGAGAUCAAGGUUCAGUUAGAGAAUGACAAUGUGCUUGUGGUGAGUGGACAGAGAAAGAGGGUCAAAGAGAAAGAUGACAAAGACGGUGUCAAAUAUUUGAGAAUGGAAAGGAGGGUUGGCAAGCUGAUGAGGAAAUUCGCGUUGCCUGAUAAUGCUAAUAUGGAAGCUAUAUCUGCAGUUUGUCAAGAUGGGGUUUUGACUGUGACAGUGGAGAAGAUGCCACCGCCUGAGCCAAAGAAGCCCAAGACCAUUGAGGUUAAAGUUGCUUAA